AUGUCUUCUGUAGCAGACAGCGCGUGGCUCACCACUGGUAGCUAUGGCUGGAGGAGGAAGAACUCCCAGAACCAGGCGAGUGAGAAAUACAAUCAGGCGAGUGAGAAAUACAACCAGGCGAGUGAGAAAUACAACCAGGCGAGUAAGAAAUACAAUCAGGCGAGUGAGGAAUACAACCAGGCGAGUGAGGAAUACAACCAGGCGAGUGAGAAAUACAAUCAGGCGAGUGAGAAAUACAACCAGGCGAGUGAGAAAUACAACCAGGCGAGUGAGAAAUACAAUCAGGCGAGUGAGGAAUACAACCAGGCGAGUGAGAAAUACAACCAGGCGAGUGAGAAAUACAAUCAGGCGAGUGAGGAAUACAACCAGGCGAGUGAGGAAUACAACCAGGCGAGUGAGAAAUACAAUCAGGCGAGUGAGAAAUACAACCAGGCGAGUGAGAAAUACAACCAGGCGAGUGAGAAAUACAAUCAGGCGAGUGAGGAAUACAACCAGGCGAGUGAGAAAUACAACCAGGCGAGUGAGAAAUACAACCAGGCGAGUGAGGAAUACAACCAGGCGAGUGAGAAAUACAACCAGGCGAGUGAGGAAUACAACCAGGCGAGUGAGAAAUACAAUCAGGCGAGUGAGGAAUACAACCAGGCGAGUGAGGAAUACAACCAGGCGAGUGAGGAAUACAACCAGGCGAGUGAGAAAUACAACCAGGCGAGUGAGGAAUACAACCAGGCGAGUGAGAAAUACAAUCAGGCGAGUGAGGAAUACAACCAGGCGAGUGAGGAAUACAACCAGGCGAGUGAGAAAUACAAUCAGGCGAGUGAGGAAUACAACCAGGCGAGUGAGGAAUACAAUCAGGCGAGUGAGGAAUACAACCAGGCAAGUGAGAAAUACAACCAGGCGAGUGAGGAAUACAAUCAGGCGAGUGAGGAAUACAACCAGGCAAGUGAGAAAUACAAUCAGGCGAGUGAGGAAUGCAACCAGGCGAGUGAGGAAUACAACCAGGCGAGUGAGAAAUACAACCAGGCGAGUAAGAAAUACAAUCAGGCGAGCGAGAAAUACAAUCAGGCGAGAUCACUCAGUCGUGCUCUCUUCAGUAGAGGCCUCGACGACACUGCCACUAAAUGGCGCAGGAGAAGGCGACCAGCUCGUGCUACAUCUAUCCUUCUUUCAGAGCCGCAAGUGCCGCCCAGCCAAGCUCACAUCAAGCCUGCCAAGGGGAGUUAUAAAAGCCAUAAACAUAGACGUAGAUGA